CCACGACCAGAGAUUGAUCGAUGUGGCGAAGAGCACGUUGUUGUUGCCGAUUCCUCCUGUUGAGCCAGCGUCGUGAUCUCUGCUUCUUGUCAAGAACAGCGCCAACAGCUGCAUCCACCGCUGUCACUGCAUUGGCCAGUGUCUUCAGAACACCGCCCCAGCUUCGAUCCUUGACUGCUUUGUGGAACAGCGCGCGGUGGUUCACGAUGGCGGACAACACAGCGGACACGACAGCUCACGCUGUUGCUCAAGAGGGUCAGGCCAAGGAGGAGCAAACAACUGCCCCUGCCUCCGAUUCCACGACCACGGCUGCAGAUGCAACCGCAUCUGCAACUGCAAAGGCAACUGAAUCAAAGGCAACGCCGCUUUCAGCGGAGGACGUCAAGGACCCCUUCCACUACCUGCACCGCAGCCCAAACUGCUCGGAGCUCAACAAGAUUGACCUCAAGAACAUCAACAAGCACGUGGAUGCGGGGUCGCUCAAGAAGAUGCUUCGCAAACAGGGCGUGAACUUUACGCGCGUGAAGAAGUUGCGUAACGGCGAUCGUGCCUUCCUCUCGUUUGCCAAUGCCGAAGACAAGCAGAAGGCCAUGGAGACCCUCAACGGGUUCAAGUACAAGGGGCGUGUGCUUGAAGCUGUGGAGGGAAAACCCAUGGAGGACCCAUUUGUCCGACGCAUGAACGACAGAGCGUCUGAUCCGGGGGCGAAGCGCUCAAAGACAAUGGACGUCGACCCCUCGCUCCCGCCAGAGGAGCAAGUGGCAGACAGGGCGUGCCCGCUGUGGCGAAAGCCGUACGAGGAACAGCUCGACAUCAAGCGACGCCUUGUUGUGACGACGAUGCGUAAGAUGGCGCGCCAGCUGAAGAAAGCCAACAUUCAGGACGCUUGGGUGGAGAUUGCAACACGCAAGUUUGCAGGCAUGCCGUGUGUUCUACUGGACACGGUGCCCUCGCCCAUCGUCGACGGGUACCGCACCAAGUGCGAGUUCACCAUCGGCAGUGGUCCGGACGGACAGGCGAACACGGUUGGUUUCCGCGUUGGCUCGUAUGCCGCGGGCAGCAUCACGGUGGUCGAGCCGUCGCUCUGUCGCAACGUCCCUGACCGCGCAAAGACAAUCGCCAAGCACGUGCAGGAUUUCGUGCGCGCAUCGUCCCAUCCGCACUACUGCCUCGUCACACACAAGGGCUGCUGGCGGCAGCUACUUGUGCGCGUCACCAACUCUGGCCAGGCGCUCGCUGUCCUCUUUCUGACAGAUGCCGAGCUUGAGGACGGUGCUGUUGCCAAAGAGGCAGAGCGGCUCAAGGAAUUCGUUCACGAGCACAACACCCCAAUCGACAUCAUGAUGCUGCAGGUCGACAACUCCGCGUCGUGCAUGGCCAAGGAUCGCCCAGCGCCACAUAUCAUCAAGGGCGAUUCGCAGUUCAUUGAAGAGAAGCUGCUCGGACUUAACUUCCGCAUCUCCCCAGACUCGUUCUUCCAAGUCAACACGCCCGGUGCUGAGGUCCUGUACUCUCUCAUUGGCGACUGGUGCCAGCUCACGGACGACAAGUCUGAUGUUGUGUUGGAUCUGUGCUGUGGAACGGGCACGAUUGGGCAGACGCUUGCGUCGCGUGUGCAGCACGUCAUUGGCGUGGAGAUGGUCGAGGACGCCGUCAUUGACGCAAAGGCAAACGCACAGCGCAAUGGCAUCACCAACGUCACCUAUCACACGGGCAAGGCAGAGGAGGUGGUUCCCGAGCUCGUCAAAGAUCGCGACACCGCCGACAAACUCAUUGCCGUCGUCGACCCGCCCCGUGCCGGCCUGCAUCCCUCUGUUGUGCACGCAAUUCGUCGGUGCGAGGGCAUUCAACGGCUGAUCUACGUGUCCUGCAACCUCAAGGGCGCGUCUCAAAACUUGGUUGACCUGUGUCGGCCACCGUCGAAGCGGUACCGCGGUGCGCCGUUUGAGAUUAUCAAGGCGGUUCCCGUGGACAUGUUCCCGCAUACAGACCACUGCGAGGUAGUGCUGUACCUGAGCCGUGGUGACGACCUUGCGCCUGCCCGUGAAGCCGCCAACCAGCUGGAGGCGACGCAGCCAUACUCUGGCGGCAGCCGUCGCGACUCCAAGGCGAGCACGCAGCCCGACACGCCAUCGACGACAGCAGCCGAUGUGGGCGCAGGAGGCACCACGCAGCAGGUGGGCGAGGAGGCCACAGAGGCGCCAGCUGAACAGCAACAGGACCAGUAGCGCUGCUGCCUGUCUCGGGGCUCCACCAACCACACAACAACGCAACGCCACACACAACACCUGGCUUGGCAGCGUGCUUGUCUUUUCGUUGCAAACUUGUGAAUCUGUUGACGACACCAUAAAUUUUAGGCACUGGAUA